AGUUUCCCCACACAAGCGAGAGGCGUUUCGUUUUAUUUUCCUUGUGCUUCAGUAGCACUUUUCACAUCUGAAACACGAACCUUGUCACUGUUUUGUGAUCGUGCCCUUUAGGAGGAGAAAAACACUCUGCAUCAAAUGAACUUGUGGGUUUCAUGUGGAAUCCCAGAGGGAAAGGGCCACGUCUUUCUUUCCUCGUGUAUCCACAGUGUCCAGCACUCGGCGUGGCGCUCAGUGAGGGUGUCCUGAACGCAUCACAUGGAAAUGGCUAAAGAGAUGGACACAUGAAUGGACGAGGAAAACGAAGGAAUGGAGAAAUCGAGGAAGGAACGAAGGGAGGCUGGAGUCCGGAGGGCUGGACGUGCGCGGCCCCACCGCCCGGGGGCGGUGUGCAGGGGCGCGCGGGCCGCCCGAACUCCUUUAGAAGGCUCUGCUCCGCAGUCCUGCCGCCGGCAGACACGCGGGAGGCGGAGCGGGUGGGCCGCGCGCGCGCGCGCGGGGCACCUGAGACGCGAGCGUGGGAGCCCGGGGCCCGCGGCGGAGGCAGGUGCAGCUGUCCCACCCUUGACCUCUAGCUGCUGAGGCUCUGGGGCCGCACCAUGUCUCGCGGAGCGGAGGCGCUGGCCCUGUCAGUGUGGAACUCAGCUUCAGACCUGUCCUGGGAGCCCCGGCGCAGCAACGCAAUGGCUCAUCGUGAUUCUGAUGUGCAAGAAGAAUGUCUGAGGGAAGACCUGAAGUUCUACUUCAUGAACCCGUGUGAAAAGUUCCGAGCCAGACACCAGAUCCCAUGGAAACUGGGUCUGCAGAUUUUGAAGAUAGUCAUGGUCACCACACAGCUUGUUCGUUUUGGUUUAAGUAACCAGCUCGUGGUUGCUUUCAAGGAAGAAAACACUGUUGCUUUUAAGUACUUGUUUCUGAAAGGCUAUUCUGGCAUAGAUGAAGAUAACUACAGUUGCAGUGUAUAUACUCAAGAGGACGCCUAUGAGAGCAUAUUUUAUGCUAUUAAUCAGUAUCAUCGUCUAAAGAACAUAUCCCUGGGGACCCUGAGCUACGGAGAAAAUGAAGAAAAUAGAAUUGGCCUAAAAGUCUGUAAGCAGCAUUACAAGACAAGGGCCAUGUUUCCUUCUAAUGAGACACUGAAUAGUGACAGCAACACUGAAGCAGACUGUCUUCACUUGGACCUCCAGGCCCUCUCCGAGAACCCUCCAGGCUGGAAGAACUCAUCAUUCUUCAGACUGGAGUUUUAUAGGCUCUUGCAAGUUGAAAUCUCCUUUCACCUCAAAGGCAUUGACCUGCAGAGGAUUCUGUCCCGAGAGUUACCAGACUGUUACGUCUUUCAGAAUACGAUUACCUUCGACAACAAAGCUCACAGCGGCAAAAUCAAAAUCUAUUUUGACAGCAAUGCUAACAUUGAAGAAUGUAAAGGUUUAAACAUAUCUGGAUCUGGUCAGAAAAACACUCAGUAUGUGCUGGCAUUUGAUGCGUUCGUCAUUGUGAUUUGCUUGGCUUCCCUGACUCUGUGCACAAGAUCCAUCUUCCUUGCUCUGAGUUUACGCAAGAGAUUUGUACAUUUCUUCCUGGAGAAGUACAAGCGGCAUGUGUGUAACGCUGACAAGUGGGAGUUCGUCAACGGGUGGUAUAUCCUGGUGAUCAUCAGCGACCUAAUGACAGUGGUUGGAUCCAUCCUGAAGAUGGAAAUUCAAGUCAAGAACCUCACAAAUUACGACCUGUGCAGCAUUUUGCUCGGAACAUCCACACUUCUCGUCUGGGUUGGCGUCAUCAGAUACCUGGGUUACUUCCAAAAAUAUAAUGUGCUCAUCUUGACAAUGCAAGCCUCACUGCCGAAAGUUCUUCGCUUCUGCGCCUGCGCUGGGAUGAUCUACCUGGGCUACACCUUCUGCGGCUGGAUUGUCUUAGGCCCAUAUCACAAUAAGUUUGUAGGUCUGAAUACAGUUUCUGAGUGUCUGUUUUCUCUGGUCAACGGUGAUGAUAUGUUUGCGACCUUCGCUCAGAUCCAGCAGAAGAGCAUCUUGGUGUGGCUGUUCAGUCGCCUGUAUUUGUAUUCCUUCAUCAGCCUAUUUAUAUAUAUGAUCCUCAGCCUGUUCAUUGCUCUUAUUACAGAUUCUUAUGACACCAUUAAGAAAUACCAGCAGAAUGGGUUUCCUGUGACGGAUCUGCAGGCGUUCCUCAAGGAAUGUGGUAGCCGGGGGCAGUGUCAGAAGCAGCCCUCAGCCCUCCAGUGCUGCGUCUGCUGUCUGAGGAGGAAAGAAAGUGAUGACCACUUGAUACUUCCUAACUAAAAUUCUUCUGCCAAAGAUAAUCGAGUUGCAGGCUCCUUAUCCAGUGACAAUGUGGAGGGACCCCCAAAUGGCUUGGACUGGCAUGUCCAAAAAUACCGAUGUUCUGUGUGGAGUAGGAAAGAAGCCUGUCAGCUGGCUGACCACAACUGAAGUUCCCAAGUUCCUUUUUGCACACUUGGAUGGUGAAGCACAGACCACACCAACUACUGGGCAUCAGUGCAAUGGACCAGUGAUUAUGAAAUUCUUGUAACUUAUGACAUGACAAUGUUAGGAUGCAAAAAAUCAUAUUUCAGAAUGUGCAAAAGAAUGGUGUUGGAAACCACGCACUUACAGAUGCGUGAUUAUCCUCACAUAGGGUUUUUUUUUUUAAGUGAUUCUUGGCUUAGAAGAUGUCUGUUAAUUCAUGGUCUGCACAGGGACAAAUUUGAUUGCAAUACCAAAUUAGAGGCUCGAGCUGGAAAAUGAUUAGGCCAUUUAAGAUGACAUCUAAAUCCACAGAAAGACCUCUGGCAGUGGACAUUUCCUGGCCCAUUUUCCUGUGGUUUUUCUCAGUAGGAUAUGAAGUGACCAUUGGCACAGUGAGCGAGGUGAACAGGAGACACCUUGUCCCUUGAGCUCGGGGCUGAUUGCGCGCACACAGCGGGCGGAGGUCACCUGUAGCUGUGCUCGCUCAUCUUAACAAAUGGACAGUUUCCCCCAUGGCGGGGACUCACCCUUGCCAAGCAAGGAAAGAUGGUGUUUUUUACCUAAAUAAAUUUAUUUUUAUCAUAACA